AUGAGAAGGAAUAAAUUGGCGGCUUAUGGUGAGGAAUUUGAAGAGGAAGAAGAAGGAACGCUGGUGUCGAAAAAGCCCACAGCGAUUCAGGAUCAAAUUGUGACGGAUGAAAAUGGGAAGCGCAGGUAAUUUCAUGAAAUUUGGAGCAUUUUGAGCCAAAAUUUGGGAUUUUUAAGCAAAAAUUUGGGAUUUUUUGAGCCCAGAUAAGCUCAGGGAGCUUUUUGAGCCAAAAUCUGGGAUUUUCUGAGCCCAGAUAAGGUCAGGGAGCUUUUUAAGCAAAAAUUUGGGAUUUUCUGGGACCAGAUAAGCUCAGGGAGAUUUUUGAGCCAAAAUUCGGGAUUUUUGAGCCCAGGAGCACUCUUGGAGCAUUUUAAGCCAAAAUUUGGGAUUUUCUGAGCUCAGAUAAGCUUAGGGAGCUUUUUGAGCAAAAAUUUGGGAUUUUUUGAGCCCAGAUAAGCUCGGGGAGCUUUUUGAGCCAAAAUUUGGGAUUUUCUGAGCUCAGAUAAGCUCAGGGAGCAUUUUAAGCAAAAAUUCGGGAUUUUCUGAGCCCAGAUAAGCUUAGGGAACUUUUUGAGCCAAAAUUUGGGAUUUUUUGAGCUCAGGAGCACUCUUGGAGCAUUUUGAGCCAAAAAUUCAUCAUUUUUGCCCUGUAACCUCAAAUUUCAGCUCAAAACUCAUAAAUUUUUGCAGAUUUCACGGUGCUUUCACUGGCGGCUUCUCAGCCGGUUAUUGGAAUACAGUAGGCUCAAAAAUCGGUUGGAUUCCUAAAGAAUAUUCGAGUUCUCGAGAUUCUCGAAGCGAAAAAAUCCAGCAAAAAGCUGAAGAUUUUAUGGAUUCGGAAGAUUUGGGCGAAUUUGGCAUCGGAAAUCGGAGAAUUCAAAGAACUGCGGAGUUUGGAGCACACGGGAAGCGGAAAAUGCCGUGGGAAAGGGAAGAAGGACCGAAUUUGGGCUCGAAAAAUGCGCUUGAUGAUUUGUUUGGAGAAAUUGUGAAACCUGUGAGGUAAGACUGAAAAAUGGGGAAUUUUAAGGCAAAUUUCGAGAAAAUUGAUGAAAAAUGAACAAUUUUCAUAUAAAACUUGAUGAAAAUGAUGAAAAUUGCAAAUUUUUGACCUCAAAUUCAUCAAAAUUCGGAUUUUUAGUUGAAAAUUGGGAAAAUUUGGCUGAAAAUUGGGUAUUUAAAGCCAAAUUUCGCAAAAAUUGCAAUUUUUCUACCAAAAAUUGAUCAAAAUUCAUUAGUUUCACAUGAAAUUGUAGAAAAAAUCCACACCUCGGCCAGAAUCGUGGUUUCCACAAUAAAAAAUUGUACGCUAAAUUUUUACAGUACAAAAAAUGUGAAUUUUUCAGUUUUUGUCCUCUAAAAAUUGUGAUUUUUCAACUUUUGUCCUCUAAAAACUGAAAUUCAAAUUUUUCCCAAAAUUGUACUCUGGCCAGCCACGGCUUGGCCGAGGUGUGAAAAAAUCAAUAAAAAUUAUGAAAAAUUAGGUUACGGACCUAAAAACGUGUGAAAAUUUGACUGAAAAUCAGAAUUGACAGCCUGAAAUUGUCGAUAAAAAUUUUCACAUUGCAAAAUUUGAUAUAAAAAUCUCCGAAAUGUUUGAAAUGUGCUGAAAACAUUGAUUUUUGCUUAAGAAGCCUGAAAAUUGCUUAAAAACAGCAUUUUUCGCUGAAAAUUUUGAAUAUUCAUUCGAAAAUUCAGAAAAAAUCGCAUUUUUUCAACAUUUUUCAUUUUCCCCGCGUGACCUCAUUUUUGUUUUGUUUUUUUUUUUUGAAAAUUUCAAUUUUUCCACGUUUUCCCUCUCAUUUCUUAUUAUUUAUCUAUCAAUGAAUCAAAAAAUGAACAUAUUUCGAAUAAUUUUCAUAUUUUAUUUUUUCUCCGCCCCGAAAAUCGCGGCAUUUCCAAUUCAAAAUCAGUGUCAAUACCCGGAUGUGAGUUUUUUUUUUUUUGAAAUUCGCAAAUUGAAUUUCCAGGAUUGCUAUUUGGUGUUGGAAGUUGUGGAAUGCAUGAUUAUUAGUGGAACUGUGGCGAAAGCUAGUGUGAUUAGUGAGAUUGAGAAGGAGGAGGUGAGCCUACCCUGCGUAAUUGCGGAGCAUCGUUUACCUUUCAGAUUGAUCGAACUGGCGGGCUUCAAUGCUUCUACCACGUGGAUCCGCAUGAUUCCAAAUCUCGAAUCAGAUGUUACCUUCGAGAAUAUCUUCAACCCUACAAGAACGAGAUUUUUGACGAAAAAUUCGUUACGGAACUUUUCAGCAGGUUUAGCGAUGUUGACGGAUUUCCAUGGAUGGAUAAAGUUGGAUGGUUAACUAGAUCGGAUGAUUUGAGAUAUUGGCGGAAGUGUUAUGGUGGAAAAGCGGUUAUGAGAAAAGUGGUGAAUGAUUUGAGAAGUUAUCGAUAUACUGGAAAUAGAGUUAUACCGUAUCCUUCGGUUUUUAAUAGUCAAACUGGUCAAAGUUUAUCGGGAGAUCCGGGUUUACGUGAGUAAAUGUGAAAUUUCGAGUUUUUUUGUCUAGAAUACAUCAUUUUUGAGCGAAAAUGAUGUAUUCUGACUCUAAAACCAGAAAAUCAGCAUUCUCCAUCUUGCAGAACAUACACAUCUUCGAAUUUCUGUGUUCUACACCAACAAAUCGAUAUUUAUGCUCAAAAGUGAAACAUUUCAAAUGAGCCCCGAGGAAAUUCCCAAAGUAACCCGAAAAACUCCCCUAUUUUUUGAUAAAACUCGAUUUUCAGCAUGAAAAAUCGUUCAAAACCCACCCAUACACUUGUGAUAUUCGGAAAAAUGAGAUGUUUUGUAUUUGCCACAUCCACAAUUCACUAUGCACUUCUUUCGAUUAUUUCAUCGAGGCGAUUUAUUUGAUGAGAAGGGCUGGAAAUUCCACCGCAAAUCUGGAAGUGUCUGGAAAAUUGUUGGAGGAAUUGGCGAGUUUUAGAAUAGAUUUUCCAGCCGAAUUGAUUGAAUAUUAUGGGCCUAUAAGUCAGGGGAAAUUAGAUCGAUGUAAUCCUUUUGAAUCGGAUGUUUAUUGUUAUCGAGUAUUCGAGGUUAGGUUUUUUUCUGAUCAAAAAAUAAUGAAAAAUAGGAAUUUUUUGAUUCCACGUGGCGAAAAUUCGAAAAAAAAUUGAGAAAAUAUGACUUAUAAUCGAUUUCACGUGGCAAAAAGGUUGCUGAUAAGAAAAUUUAACAAAAAAACCAUAGUUGCCACGUGGCGUUGCUGAAAAUACCACUUUCAGAUCGAUAAUACAUGUGAUGAUAUAACUUCGGAUCCAGCUGUACCAUCUCAUAGUGGAAACAUUGAUUAUUUUGAAGUGGAAAAAUUGGGAAGUAUUGCAUUGCAAAUCAAAAAUUCACAACUUGUGAUUUAUUGUAAAAUGACGUGUGUUGAAGAUGAUGUACUGUAUGCGAAAAUAAUCGAGAUUUUAGACGCGCAGUUGGAGAAUUCGAGCAAACUUAUUGUUUAUGAUUUUAAUAAGGAUCUAAUUGCUCAAGUGAUUUGUUUUCGAAAUGGAUUUAGGAAUUCGAUUUUGGCGGGAAAGAUUGAAGGUGGAAUUAGAGUUGGAAAUUUGAAGGAAAAAGCGAAAUUCAAACCUCCGAUGUUUUUGAUUGAUCGCAAGUAUGAUCUAAUGAUUUGCUCGAUUUUAUUGGGUGUUUUCUUGCUUUUUAUCGUAUUUAUUAUAAUUAUUGGAAGUUUUUGUUGUAUUCGCGAUUCGAGAAAGAAGAAGAAACCUCUAAAAAUUUUAUCGAGCAAACCUAGGCCGGUUUUUAUGAAACCGAAAUCGAAACCGAAAUCGGGAUCGAGGUUUGAACGAAAAAGUGAGUUUUUGCAUGAUUUUGGACUUGAUUUGCGUACAAAAUCAUGAGUUUUUUCAUAAAUUUAUGUGAAAAUCUAUGAAAUUUGAAGAUCUGAACGAUUUUUGAGCGAAAAUCAUCAAUUUCUGGCUAUAUUUCAUCAAAAACAGAUUCUAGGCAAAGUUUUGACCGAAAAUCAUAGUCCUUCAGUGAAAAAUCCCGUUUUCCGAUAAUUUUCCAUCAAAAAUCUUGUAAUUAAUAAUUUCAGGAUCAAAAUUGUCGCUUACGUCAACUGGAUCAAUCAAACUUUAUGAUAAUUUGUCGACUGCAGACAAUUUUAAAGAUACUGAUUUGCAAAGUCAAUAAAUUUGUUUUUCAUUUGAAUUUUGUGUUUUUUAUUCGAAAAAUCUAGAUUUUCACAAAAAAAAGAAAUACGUAAAAACCCCCCAAAUCCCACGAAAAAUCCGAUUUUUGCAGUGAUUCGAUCGGAAUUCGAAUGCUUCGUCAAAUGGGUUGGCGACAGGGAAAAGGAAUCGGAUUGUCGAAUGUGAAAUCGAAAAACACUCGAAUUGCCGAUGAUUUCGAUCGAAAACAGGCGGAAAAAGUGGCGCCGACGCACGAAUUUUCCACUGAAGAUGUUUUGGUGAAGGAAUUGGUGACGAUUUCCGGGCAGCAUGGAUUGGGAUAUCAGGGAUUGGGUGAGGACCUGAAAUUCAUAAAAAUCUGGCUUAAAAUGUACAUUUUAAGCUAGAAAUUCAAUUCUAGACUGAAAAAAUUCCAAAUUUUCAGCCCAAACUUCGGUGCUCGAUGAGAAGUUUGGUCGAGCCUACUCGGCCCUAAAAUCCGAUCCGAAAUCCAAAAAAAGCAUCCGUGGCCAGGCUUUUGGAGUUGGUGUUUUUGAAGAAGACGACGAUAAUAUAUAUUCCAACUAUGACCUAUCGCAAUUCGAUUAUUCACUCGAUCCAUCAUCGUCAAAUCUGGAAAUUUCGGGAAAUUUGCCAAAAAUCGAUACCGCAUUCGAAUUGCAGCCGAAAAAAUUGAAUUCGCGAAAGUUCUACGGCCCGCCGAGACUUCCGCCCAAUUUUCGCGCCGAACAUCGACCCGUUUCGAUGGAUCUGAAACAUUUGCCACGUGGAAUGAGAGAAGAGCUUGGAGAAAUGACACCAAUGCAAAGAGCCACGUGAGUUUGGGCCGAAAAUCGUGAAAAUUUGAAUUUUCACGAUUUCCCGCCUCAAAAAUACUGGUUUAAACGCGGAGUAUCGUUGUUUUCGCGAAAAUACGAUUUUUAAAUGAUUUUCGCGGUUGUAAAGGUGAAAUUCAAACGACACUCCGCUUUUACGAAGAUUUUUGACCCAAAAAUCCUAAUUUUUCCAGAGUUUUGGGCCGAAAAUCGUGAAAUUCAGCAUUUUUCACUCCAAAAACCAUGAAAAUUUGAAUUUUCAAGAUUUCCCGCCUCAAAAAUACUGGUGUAAACGCGGAGUAUCGUUGUUUUCCCCAAUUUUUCGUCCUAAAAUUUGAAUUUUCACGAUUUCCCGCCUCAAAAAUACUGGUGUAAACGCGGAGUAUCGUUGUUUUCGUGAAAAUACGAUUUUUAAAUGAUUUUCGCGAUUGUAAAGGUGAAAUUCAAACGACACUCCGCUUUUACGAAGAUUUUUGACCCAAAAAUCCCAAUUUUUCCAGAGUUUUGGGCCGAAAAUCGUGAAAUUCAGCAUUUUUCACUCCAAAAACCAUGAAAAUUUGAAUUUUCAAGAUUUCCCGCCUCAAAAAUACUGGUGUAAACGCGGAGUAUCGUUGUUUUCCCCAAUUUUUCGUCCUAAAAUUUGAAUUUUCGCGAUUUCCCGCCUCAAAAAUACUGGUGUAAACGCGGAGUAUCGUUGUUUUCGUGAAAAUACGAUUUUUAAAUGAUUUUCGCGAUUGUAAAGGUGAAAUUCAAACGACACUCCGCUUUUACGGAGAUUUUUGACCCAAAAAUCUCAAUUUUUCCAGAUUUUUGGGCCGAAAAUCGUGAAAUUCAGCAUUUUUCACUCCAAAAACCAUGAAAAUUUGAAUUUUCAAGAUUUCCCGCCUCAAAAAUACUGGUGUAAACGCGGAGUAUCGUUGUUUUCCCAUUUUUUGUCCUUAAAUUUCAUUUUUCAAUAAUAAUUUGAGUUCGAAAAUUAAGUAGGUGUAAAUGCGGAGUGUCGUAGUCUGAAAUUCAAACGACACUCCGCUUUUACACUUUCAUAAUUAUUUUCACAUAUGAAAUUGUUUACCGAAAAAUCCGAAUUUUUCCAGAUUUUUGGGCGAAGAUCGAAUAUCAGUGAUGGAAUUGAUCCCGUCAAAAGAUCGAAAAAGGCUGGAAAGACGGAGCAGAUGGGAUUUGAAAGCUGAAAAAGAGCUGGAAAAUGAGGGAAAACAGGAAAGAGGUAGGGAAAUUCGGGUUUUUCAUCGAAAAUUGAUCCAGAAUCGAGAUUUUCUCGAAUUUUCCGUCAAAAAUCGAGAUUUCAGGCGGUGAAAUCGACGAGGAAAAUGAUCGAAAACUUCGAAAUCGCAUCGAAUUCCCUUCCGAACCUCAAAAACAACAGCGAUUCAAAGAAUUCCUCCAAUAUCUGAGAAGAGGUUUGAAUUUCCCGCAACCCACUGAUUUAUCGAUUUGGGAAUGGGAAACGGAAAAAAAAGAAUUCGAGGAGAGAUUGACGGCGGAAGAGCGGAAAAUGUUGCCGGAAAUGCGGAAUCGAGCAGUUCCGCUGGUGAAAAUGGCAAUUGCGGCGCCGAUUUUUGAGAUUUUGCAAAAUAAAUUUGUGAAGGAAAAGGGUGGAGAGCUGAAGGUGAGCGAAAUUUGCGGAAAAAUGAGCUAGAAAUUGUUGAAAUCUGAAAAUUUUGAAUUUCCGCCUAAAAAUUGAGGUGUAAAUGUGGAGUGUCGUAGUUUUCCUAUUUAGAACGAUAAAAAUUGAAAAACAACGAUGCUCCGCGUUUACACCGCGCAAAACGGUCUAUUUUGCCCCCAGGACCUUGAAAAUAUUCACAAAUUUGAAUUUCCCGCACAGAAAUUGAGGUGUAAAUGUGGAUUAUCGUAGUUUUCCUAUUUAGAACGAUAAAAAUUGGAAAAACAACGAUGCUCCGCGUUUACACCACCAGAAAUCAUAAAAAUGGACUAUUUUAACCCCAGGGCUUGGAAAAUAUUCAAAAAUUUGAAUUUCCCGCUUACAAAAUUGGGGUGUAAAUGUGGAGUGUCGUAGUUUUCUAAAAAAUCUAUUUUCAAACGAUGCUCCGUGUUUACGAAGUCAAUUUCGGCGAAUUCUCCACGAAAUUUCAAAUUUUCUAUCAUUAAUACCUGGUGUUAAAGCGGAGCGUCGUAGUUUUCCGAAACGUUGAAUUUCAAACGAUGUUCCGCUUUUACACCAUAUAGUUUUUGAUUAUAAAUUCGAAUAUUCCAACGAUACUCCGCGUUUACACCAUCAAAUUUUUAUUUUUUCUGAUUUUCAGACUGGUCAAAAAGACGAAGACAAGUUGGCGGCUGUAAAAAUGGAGAUGUUUGGCGAAAAAACGCGGCAAAAAUUCGAUUGGUAUCCGGAUUCGAUUUUGGCCAAACGAUUCAAUGUUCCCAAUCCAUAUCCAGAUUCUGAAGGAAUUUCGGGAGUUCCUGCACUUUUUAAGAAGACUUCUGGAAGUUGUGCGAAAUCUGCAAUGAGAGAUUUUGAUGUUUUCGGAGGAUUGGGAAUGCCGAAUACGGCUAAUGAAUUGGAGCAAAGGUAAUCUGAAAAUUUCAGCAAAAAAUCACAUUUUUUGACCCUGAAUUCAUUGAAAAUUGCCUAUUUUAACCCCAGGAGCGAAAAAUAAUCAAAAAUUUGAAUUCCCCGCCGAAAAUUAUGGGGUGUAAAUGCGGAGUGUUGUAGUUUUCCCAUUUUCGACGAAAAACAACGAUGCUCCGCGCGUUUACACUUGAAUAAUAAUAUUCAAAAAUUUGAAUUCCCCGCCGAGGGGGUGUAAAUGCGGAGUGUCGUUGUUUUUCUAAUUCAUUUUCUUCAGAUCUCGCCAACAACAAAAAUCGUCUCGAAUUCCACAAGAACCAACAAUUCCGACUGAAAAUUUGGCUGAAAAUCCGGAAAAAUCUGAAAAUUUUGAAGAUUCUCGAGAUUCUGAUGCUGAAAAUUUGGCUGAAAAUCCACCAGAAAAAGCGCCAAAAUCAUUUUUCGACGCAAUUUUCGGUGGAAAUUCGUCGGAUUCGGAAGAAAGUUCGUCAGAUUCGGAAAAAGAAGAGGAAAGGGAGAGACGCAGAGAGGCGAGACGACGAGAGGAGAUGAGACGUAGAGAGAAGGAGAUUGAGAAGGGUAGAGACGUAGAGGAGAAGGAUGGGAAGAGACGAGAAAGAAGGGAGAGACGAGAGAGCACAGAUAGCGAGGAGGAUGAGAUACAGAUUUUGGUGAGAUUUUUGGAAGGUUUAACAUGAGCAAUGCUGAAAAAUGAUGAAUUUUGAGCCAAAAAUCUGGAAAUUUGACUGAAAAUGAGCCCUGGAGCCAAAAUUCAUGAAAAACAACGAUACUCCGCGUUUACACUGCUAAAAAAAUUUGAAAUUUUGAGUUUCCCGCCUGAAAAAUGAGGUGUAAACGCGGAGUGUUGUAUUUUUGCUUGAAAAUGGUUCUAGACCUAAAAUUUUAUGAAAAUGCUGAAAUUUUUGAGCAAAAAUGAGAUCAGGAGCUUGAAAAUCGUGAAAAUAUUGAUUUUUGACCAGAAAAAAAUAUCUAUCUUCUUUUUUUUCUCUCAAAUUUUGAGAAGUGCAUUUUUUCCAAGUCUCGUGCUCAAAAAAAUGUGAUUUUUGAGUUGAAAAAUCGGAUUUUUCAAGAAAUUUUCGAGUUUUCAUCAAUUUUCUCGAAUUUUUGAUGAUUUUCCGAUUUUUUCAAGUUUUAUUGAACCAAAGAUAACAGUUCUCUCAUUUUCUCAUGUGAUUAUUUUUUUUCGGUCAUUUUUCUCUCCGAAAAAAAUGAUCAAUGGAACCAUUUUUCUUGUUUGGUUGAUAACAAGAAUUGUAAUUUUGUUGAUUUUUUUUUUGAAAAUCGAAAAUCGCAUGAUUUUUUGGUUUUUGCGCGAAAAUUUGAAGUUUUUAGUCUAAAUUUUCUGAAAUUUACGAAUUUUUCAAGCUCCCGAGCUCAUUUUUGCUCAAAAAUCCCGAUUUUUGCAGUCCUCAUCGAAGCCUUCAACAUCUUCUUCUUCAAAUCAACAAUAUGGUCCAGAAAUUCCCGCAAAUUUGCCAGAAAUUCCCAAAAUUUCAGCAUUUUCAGCGCUGAAAUAUUUGGAAGCCGAUUUGAAAAAUCGAAAAAAACCGAAAAAAUCGAAGAAAUCCAAAAAGAAGAAGGAAAAAAAGUCGAAAAAAGUGAAAAAAUCGUCGAGAAAUUCGAGCGAAAGUGAGGAUUCUUGGGAGGAAAAAAUGAAGAUUUUUGAGAUUUUUUUGAAGUUUUUCUGAUUUUUGAAAGGUUUUUGAACCUUGGAAUAUAUUUUUUGUGCUUUUUUUGUAUUUUCAGCCAUUUUUGAGCUCUGGAGCUCGAAAAAUCACAAAUUUUGAUGUAAAAUGAGCCAAAAACGAGGAUUUUUGACCGAUCUGGCAAGUUAAGCAAUGUUGACUCGGGUUAGUCGCAAGUUCGAACCCCAUCCGGAACUUUUUCGGUCUUCCAAAGGUCAUUUUGAGCUAAAAAUCAACGAUACUCCGUGUUUACACCACCAAAAAUGCAUUUUCAUCAAAAUUAGAGGUGUAAACACGGAGCAUUGUAGUUUUCUUGAUUUUUGGGCUUCAGAAGAUCUGAAAUCUAGAAAAAUCGAUAUUUCCGAUCUUCCGAAGGUCAAAAAAGUUCCGGGUGGGGUUCGAACUUGCGACUAACUCGACUCAACGUUGCUUAACCUGCCAGAUUGGACAAUUUUCCAGAUUUUGAGCUUAAAAAUGGCUUAAAAUCCUCUGGGUUCAAAUAUUUGUCUUCUUUUUUUUCUCUAACAAUUUUUUUGCCCUCUGUGAAACCCUUUUUUCUCUGCGUCUCUCAUAGAUUUUCUCUAUUUUUCUCUCAAAAAAUUUUUUUUUCGCGAAACACUUCAAAAACAACUGCUUUCCUUUCAUUUUUCGGUGAUUUUUAGUGAAAUUUUCAAAAUUUUUCGGGGUACUGUAGGGGAAUUUAAAGGAACAUGAGUGAAAAAUUAUUGAUUUUCAUCAUUUUUCAGCUAGGAAUUCAAAAAAUCUGGAAUUUUUAGCAUGAAAAAUCGAUUUUCCGGGGUUUUUGGGUACUGUAGAUGGAUUACUGUAUUUUUAUUGAUUUUCUGGAAUUUUCUGGAUUACUGUAGAUAUCUUAAAGUCUGAAAUUUUACAAGAUUACUGUAGUUGUUUUUUAAAGGAACAUAACUUCAGAAUUUCUCAUUUUUUUCGCCAUUUUUCGAUCUACCGUACUCUCAUUUUUAAAGGAACACAUACCAUUUUUUCUACUAUAGAUGGAUUACUGUAUUUGUAUUGAUUUCCUGGAAUUUUCUGAUCUACAGUAUCCAUUUUCUGGAUUACUGUAGAUGUCUUAAAGGAACAUAUCUAGAAAUCUGAAUUUUUAACCUGAAAAAUCGAAUUCAUGCAGUUUUUUGGUUACUGUAGUUGUUGGAUUACUGUGGCUUGAGAUUUUACAAGAUUACUGUAGUUUUUCGGACGGGGUUACUGUAGUUGUUUUUUAAAGGAACAUACCUUCAGAAUUUCUUAUUUUUAAUCGAUUUUUUUCGCCAUUUUUCGAUUUUUAAAGGAACAUACCUUGAAAAAUCGAUUUCCCGGGUUUUUUUUGGGUACUGUAGAUGGAUUACUGUAUUUGAAUUGAUUUUCUGGUAUUUUCUGGAUUACUGUAGAUAUCUUAAAGGAACAUAUCUAGAAAACUGAAAUUUUACAAGAUUACUGUAGGUGUUUUUUUAAAGGAACAUACCUUCAAAAUGUCUCAUUUCAAUCGAUUUUCUGCACAUUUUUGAUCUACCGUACUCAUUUUUAAAGGAACAUACCAUUUUUUCUACUAUAGAUGGAUUACUGUAUUUGUAUUGAUUUUCUGGAAUUUUCUGAUCUACAGUAUCCAUUUUCUGGAUUACUGUAGAUGUCUUAAAGGAACAUAUCUAGAAAUCUGAAUUUUUAACCUGAAAAAUCGAAUUUAAGCAGUUUUUUGGUUACUGUAGCAUAAAAAUUUUAAAAGAUUACUGUAGUUGUUUUUUAAAGGAACAUACCUUCAGAAUUGCUCAUUUCAAUCGGUUUUUUCUCGAUCUACCGUACCCUCAUUUUUAAAGGAACACACAUGUCACUAGCAAUUCGUCGUGUAACUGGCUACUUCAAACAAUAUUCGGCAGCCGAAUGGCGUUCCUAUUUCAUGUCCACACAUUUUUGGGGACCUGUUGCCAAUUGGGGAUUGCCACUGGCUGCUAUUGGUGAUUUGAAGGUGAGAAAUUAGUUUUUUCGAGGCAAAAAUGAUGAGAAAUCGAGAAUUUUGAAGGUUUUGGAGGGAUUUCUGAUGAAAAUUGACCUUGGAAUUCAAUUUUCAGAAAAAAAAAGUUCGGGUGGGGUUCGAACUUGCGACUAACCCGAGUCAACAUUGCUUAACCUGCCAGAUCGGUCUAAAAUUCUCGUUUUUGGCUCAUUUUAGCUCAAAAUUUGUGAUUUUUAGUUUCCGAAGCUUAUUUUCAUCAAAAAUUUCAGCAAAAACUUCUGAAAAGGUCAAUUUUCAUUAGAAAUCACUCCAGAACCUUCAAAAAUCUCGAUUUUUUUCAAUUUUUAAAAUUUUGCUCCAAAAAACUUUUUUUUUCCAUUUUUUUUUCACAAAUUUCAAUUUUUCCUGUCAAUUCCACACAUUUUUAAUUGGAAAUUUUUUGAAAAAAAUGCUAUUUUUGGCGCGAAAAAUUUGUACCCAAAAAGAAAAUACAAAAAACAAAAAGUGCUCAUUUUCGCGCCAAAUUCAAAUUUUCAGAAAAAUCCGGAUAUGAUUAGUGGUCCAAUGACAACUGCUCUCAUGUUCUAUUCGGCCAUUUUUAUGCGUUUCGCCUGGCAUGUUAACCCAAGAAAUUUGCUACUUUUUGCGUGCCAUUUGAGCAAUUGUACUGCACAAUCUACACAGGUGAGCCAAAAAAUCGAAUGGAGCUCGAAAAAUCACAAAUUUUGAGCUAAAAUGAGCCAAAAACGAGGAUUUUUGACCGAUCUGGCAGGUUAAGCAAUGUUGACUCGGGUUAGUCGCAAGUUCGAACCCCAUCUGGAACUUUUUCGGUCUUCCAAACAUCAUUUUGAGCUAAAAAUCAACGAUACUCCGUGUUUACACCACCAAAAAUGCAUGAUUUUCAUUAGAGGUGUAAACACGGAGCAUUGUAGUUUUCUUGAAUUUUGGGCUUCAGAAAAUCUACAAAAAUCGAUAUUUCCGAUCUUCCGAAGGUCAAAAAAGUUCCGGGUGGGGUUCGAACUUGCGACUAACUCGACUCAACGUUGCUUAACCUGACAGAUUGGACUGAUUUUGCUCAAAAAUGACUCAUUUUUUCAACAAAAAGCGCAUUAUUUCAGCUGUUCUCUGAAAACAGCUGAAAAUUAGUACUUUAGGCUAUAAUUUCAGCAAAAGCCCUAAUUAAUUUCGAAAAAAUUAUGAUGUGAUUUGAUUUUGGGCUUAUUUGGUAUCAAAAAAUCUCAAAUUUCCUUGCAAAUCUCAAAUUUUCAGCUAAAAAUCGAUAUUUUUUACAGUUGGCCCGAUUCGUCAAUCACAACUAUCUUCACAUCAUCGAAGAUCCGGUCCACAAAAAAUUGAUGGCUCAAAAAUCGAAAUUGGAGCAUCCAAGCGCAUAG